AUGUCGUUAUCAGCCUCAUCACUUGUCAUUGCACAAAAAUAUCUUACACGCUAUGGAAUGACAACAUAUGUUACAUUUGGAAAUAUUGGCUUAUUUUUUAAUAUACUCAUCUUUAGUCAAUCGGCACAUCGUCGUAAUUCUUGUUCACUCUACAUUUUAUUCAUGUCAUUUUGUAGUUCUAUUGGUUUAAAUAGUGCAGUGAUACCUGUCAUUUAUGCAUUAGAUCAUCCAAAUCCACUUUCUUAUUCUCUUGUUUUUUGUAAACUACAAUAUUAUCUUCGUCAUGUAUUUAGUCAAUCAAUGCGAACAUUUCUUGUUCUGGCUUGUGUUGAUCGUUAUGCUACUUCCAGCAAUCGAGUAUAUAUUCGUUCGUUCAGUCGAUAUCAAGUGGCAAUUCGUAUUAUACCAUUGAUGAUACUUUUUUGGCUUUUGUUAGGCAUCUUUCCAACAAUGCUAUAUUCCGUUACCAAUGGUGUAUGUGAUGCAAAUAAUGGUCUACCUAAUAUAUUGUACUCGGGUUAUAUCAUGACAGUUCUUGGCAUUUUUCCAUUAGUGAGUUUGAUUACUUUUGGAAUAUUAAUGGUGAUGAAUUUGAAAGAGGUACGUGCUCGUGCUCGCUCUCUUAAUAAUGGAAAUACUAUGACUAUUCUUAGAAAACGAGAUCGAGAUAUGUUGAGAAUGUUACUCACGGAAUUGAUUAUCUACAUUUGUACAACUAUACCAAAUACAGUUGUACUCAUAUAUAAAGCAGUGGUUCAAAAUACAGUGCAUAGUGGUGAACGUCAAUAUAUGGAAUCAUUCAUUUUUUUCCUUACUCGUGUAUUCUUACUCUAUUUUAACAAUGGUCUUUCAUUUUGGAUUUAUUUAUCAACAUCACGAUCAUUUCGAUUGGAAUUUAAAAAUCUAGUUAUCAAAUGGUUUACUUUUAUUAAACAGAAAAACACAUUAAUGAAUUAA